GUUUGUUUCCUCUUUGGAGUGCAUUUGUAUCCUGGCACCGGCAUCGUAGGAGGACUGCUGGAUGCAGCCGAUUCAGGAUCGAUAACAUUUACACAAAUCUUAAUGAAAUGGUCCACCGUGCAUAAAUCCGUCCAUAAUGUAAAUAUAAGCAAUAAUAAUUAGUGAGUAGUGCGCUGAGCUGAGGAAAUUAAUAAAUACAAUUCGAAUAUCAUCUGCGGGUAAGUAGGAAUUUUUUGUAAAGUUGUAAUUUUUAAGCAUGCAGAAUUUGCUUUAAUUGAAUUUGCACUCGGAAUUCGGAAUUCGGAAUUCGCUUUAAUGUGGCAAAUGCUAAAUUUGAUAUUAUCGGGGUUUGAUCGUUAAGUCGUCGUCAUUUAGUCUCGAUACUGCUGCUGGUUUCUCCACGUCUCGCAAACAAAAGAGCGUGAUCAAAGAUGGAAAGGAAUUGCUGAUUGUUAGAAUACUAUAAUGGAUGGAUACUAGAGAGUUGGAGAUUUUUUGUACUUUUACUUGUACUGUACUGUGACUACAGUACAAUACAAAAAUUAGUACAAAAAUCAAAAGACCUGGAGAAUUUCAUUAUUUUGUACUCUGAAAAAAUUGUAUUGUAAAACUCCGCGAAAUAGAUGAGUCAAAAAUUGAGACAAAUCAACUCAUGAUAUACAAAAUGAGAAUCCCUCCAACAUGUGCGUUUAAAACGAUCAAACCAAAAAGUCGAAAUUUUUUACCCUUGACCUCGAUUAAAACGGUCACCAGGCUGAUAUAAGCCGAAAUGAUAGUAAUUUCUGAACUCCUCGCUUCAAAGUGAACUACGUCUGCAACGGUUGAAAUAAAAUAUUAACAUUUUUGACCUUUGACCUCGUGAACAUGGUCACGGGGUCUUCAUACGUUAAAGCUAUGCAGAUUUCUUAAAUUCUCGCCUUAAUACACGUCUAAAACAGUCGACACUUAAAUUGCGACCUUUGACCUCGUCCUUUCGGUCAUUGGUUGGUCGUAGGUCAAAAGUAUUGACGACUAUAAAUUCUUGGUGAACUUUCCUUUAAAAUGAUACCGCAUAUGAAAAUUAAGGUACAAUUUUGCGUUUACUUCACGCCAGGGUGACCUUGACCUUGACCACAGGGAGCCCAUCUUCGAACUCGACCUAGGGUCAAAAAUUAGAAGCAAAAUGGCGAAAACGGCGUCUGAUUACAUUGAGGCGUUCUAGAGAUAUCCUAGUUGCCAACCCUUGAUUUUUCCACAGUAGUACAAAUUGAGCCCGUGUUUCAAUUUGUCUACUGUAGACUGUAGAAUUAGUACAAAAAGCUGAUGACGUCAUCAUCUAGAGUCCACAGUACAGUCUACAGUCAGAGUACAAGGAAUCUCCAACUCUCUACUAUCAUGUCUUUGCAUAAGCCCUCUGUGAAGGUGUGUGUGUAGUUGUGUAGUACUUGCUGUAUUUUGUUGUAGUUGUGUCGCGAUUUCGUCCACACGUUCACGAAUGCAAUGGGAAAAGUUUGGCUGUGCUUUUUGCUUGUUUAAUCCAUAAUAACCCCAUAAAACCAUCAUCGACUUAUUUCUUUCUUCCCUGCGUCCUGUCAUGCAGCCCGUGAAUUGGUUCCCUAAAAAGCAGCUCAUCGCAUAUCAUUACUGUUAUUAUUAUACUCUGCUUGCCCAGCUUGUCCGUUUGACUGACUUGACAUAAAAAUUGGACUCAUUUUUUAUCCCUUUCUCGCAUCUUCUCACUUCCGCUCCUGCCCGACCAUCAGCAUUCAUUUCCCAUUAACGCCACUACCAGCAUCGUCGUUGUCAGCAUAGCAGAGUAAUAAUAAUUUCUUGCUCAGAGACAGCCAGUUAAUGCUUUCCCCUCCUUUUUUUCCUAUACUAAAUGACAGACACCACCCGCACCACUACUUUCCAAAACUUGAUAAGCCCUCGAUCCCGGGCACCCAUUGUACUCACGGAUGAGGAUGAGCUUUUGUCGUCCGAACGGGCAGAGAGACCAGGACCAAGCAGCACUACCAGCAGGGUCAGUACCAUUAGAAGAGAACCGACAUCACCAUCGCCUCCUCCUCCUGAUCACCACAUGCAUUUCCAAGCCCACCACCACAGUGAACGUGUUCAGCAACAAGAACUAAUUAGUACGUGGAGACCCAGUAGGAACGUGUCCCCUGCAUCCGGCCACUCGCAGUCGGCCCCAACCAGCGGACGUGGACGGGGUGGGACAUUAUUGGUGCGAAGUGCGACGGAAGAAGACCAUGGCCAAAGUCGACGCCCACUGACCCCGAGGUCCAAGUCGUACGAGGAAACGAGCAGCUCCCGGAGUGUCGUCCGACAAUCUUUAGCACUGCCAAGUUCCACGUCAGGUCAAACACCGACCGGUGGCCGACCCCCGCUGACCUCGAUUCUGCGGUCUCGUGUGGGGUUGAGCAUGGACUCUCCAGCUGGCGACCUGAUGACCACGGGUGGUUCCGCCCCCUUCCAUCACACUUCCUCCCCCAGAGCGGAGGAAGAGGCUGGAGCGUAUAGGCGACGACUGGAAAGCUAUCGACAGGCUCAACACCAACAGGCUUUACUCGUAGCGCGACUCCAAUCCAAGCUCCUGCAAUACAAGCAACGCUGCACAGACUUGGAGUCGCGCCUGGGUCACACAAUCAUGCUCCGACCCGAGGAACUCCAGUACGGAUCUCCCAUCAAAGACCAUCAUCUCGACUUUCCUACCCCCACUGGUGGACCCCCUCAUCGCUCAUCCGGUGGUGGCGGGGGUGGCGUUGUAUUUGCCCCGACGCAAACUCCGCCCACUCCCACGGCCAUGGAUCUGGACGACGCCUUAUGGAAGUUGGAGCAGGAGCGGGUUCGAAAUGAGAGUCUCAUGCAAUUGAAUCGCGACCUGCGGAACGAGCUGGACGAGACGCGAAAGAUGAACAACGCCUUGUCCACCGACUUGGGUAAACUAAGCGACGAUUGGGACAAGUUGGCGAGGCAGAUGGGCGAACGGGAAAAUCUGUGGAAGGCGGAAGAGCAGGCGUAUUCCGACUACUAUGCCUCCGAGCACACCAAGCUCCUCGCCUUGUGGAAAAAGGUGGCUGGACUCAAACGGGACUUCGCCGAGGUGAAGGGUGCCACGGGAAGGGAUCUCACUCAACUCAAAAACAGCUUGGGUCGUGUGGCCAACAACGUGGCGACCGGAGUUAUUACGGCGACGGCCUCAACACCGUCGCCACAACAGGAGGCGGAACAGACGGCCUUUAUCGCCCAGCUUACUCAUGAGAUCACGAUGGCCCAAAACACGCAGGAGAAUCUCCGGAAGCAGCUGAAGGACCGGGACGACAAGGUGACUCUGCUGGAAAGCACCCUCACCGACUUGGACUCCAAAACCACGACACUGGAACAAGAACUCAAUCGUGUGUCCACUCAAGAGCUGGGUCUCCUUCAGAACAGUCUCCGAGAAAUUGCGAAGCUUCUCCUCAACGACUACGAGCAGCACGGGACGGAGGGUGUCGACGCCACGCACGACCUCCACCUCUCCUCUACUCCCGCAAUCUUCAUCUACGACGAGAGUGGCGAAAACCCAACCGUUUUUGCUGAAAGUAUCGUAUCUGCAGUGCAGGCGGCCUUGAACAAGAGGCAACUACAGAUCCACUCACUUCAGGUGAGCCUAAACUCCACGAAGGAGCAAUCCAUGGUGUCACGCGGACAUGUGGAGUCUCUCGAGCUGGAGGUGACCAAGGACGAGGAUAAGAUUCGUCAACUGGCUGAGAGCUGUGAAAAGCUGAAGGAUUCCUUGGAAAACAUACGAAUCGAGCGGGACACUGCUCAACGGGCGUUGGACAACUUGAAAAAUGAAAAGAACAUUUUAGAGCAGCAGCGGAAAACUUUGGCCUCAGAACUUGAAGCUACCAUCAAAGUGAAGACCAGUUUAUCCACAAAUCUCAUGAAGUGUGAAAAGUCACUUGAAGCAGCUCGCACAGAGGGAGAAACGCUGACUGGAGAACUUGAUAAGACACGCGACGAGCUAAAUGUUCGUCUGACUGCGUUGAAACUGGAGCAAGAUCUAACCUCCAAGCUACGAGAGCAGCUUUCCAACCUGGGCGAAGACAAGGAGCGAAACACUCUUGAGAAUAAAACGCUCAAGAACAGUUUGAAUGAAGUCACGUCAAAGUAUGAGGACUUGUCCUUCCAGUUCGAACGUAGUGAAGAUUCUCUCAAAAAAUGGAAAAUGGAUGCUGAAAUCUUGUCUGAGAAGCUUCGUUCUUCAACCGACCGGUCAGACCUUGUGGAGAAAGAGAAGCGCAAAUGGGUGGAGAAAUCUCGCUCAUUGGAGGAUGCCAAAGUUUCUCUCGAAACUGAACUCACCGAUGCUCGCAAUGACUUGGCCGCUCUGAGAAGGGAGAUUUUGGAGUCGGAACGAAUUCGAACGGAUCUGGAGGCUAAAAUUGAACGAGAAGUGAUUCGUGGGGACGGUGCUGAUAAUCGAAGAGCAGUCCUCGAAUCACAGCUUGAAUCACAAAGGGAUGAAUACUUGAGAGAAAUGGGCAUCCUUUCUGAGCGAAUAGAAGUCUUGACGGAGGAGUUGAAUCAAGCGAGACGUGAUCUCGAGGAAACCUUCCAAGUCGUCGAACGCACGAAAGCGGACCUUGCAAAUGCGGAGCGCCUUCACAUGGAAGCCAUUCACGUGAUUGAGACGAAGGAGGGCGUCAUCAAGAACUUGAGUGGAAUUCUGGACAAGACGAAAGACGAGAAAAUUUCACUGGAAGAACUCGAGCAAAACUUGAAACUCGUCCUACUCGAGAGGGACAAACGGAUCGAGAGUCUGGACAAACAGCUUUCAGACAUGAAGAACAAAACCGGAAAUGAAGCCGCUGCACUCAAAGACCGACUCACGAGAACUGAAAAUGAGAUGAAAUCUCAAAAGGAGAAAAUGGAUUCUGAAAAAGUUUCACUCGAAAGCAAAUUCACUCUGGAGCUCAACACUCUGAAAGCGAGCAGCACUUCCAACGAAGAGAAAUUGAAAUCUGACUGCGAAGAAAAGCUCAAGAGUUUGCGGACCGAGUUGGAGUCGGAUAAGAAGCAGGACGGAAACAAACUCAAUGGUGAAAUCAACUCGCUUCGCAGCCAGAUCGAGAGUAUGCGAGUGCAGUAUGAGGAGGCCUUACUUCGUGCAGAAAAUGAUAAGCAGCAAGGCCUCCUUUUGGCCCAGCAGGACCAACAAGGACUUUCCGAUAAGAUCCGCCUCCUCGAGAGAGAACUGGAAGACUUGAAGAGCGAUAAAGACCGCAUUAAACGAGAAUGCGAACAGAAAUGUUCUCACGAGAAAAGCUCUUCCGCCGCACUCCGUUCCGAAAUUAUUAAAAUCCGAAACGAAUUAGAAAAUACGAAGCAGGACGGUCUCGACACUCUCAAACAGAUUGAACUCCGCAUCUCUGAAGUGGAGCGAGACCGAGAGGCUGCUCUUCUGCACGUGGAGGAACUUCGGAACAAACUCCGCUCAGUGGAAGAGCGAGAAUCGGAGCUCAAACGAGAGUUGGUCGACGUUUCGAGGAAAUUGAAGGACUCUGAGAACAGCGGGGAUUACUCCAAGAAGGAGAUUGUCGAGCUGAGAAGAACGCUCUCGGAACUGGCAACGGAGAAAGAGAAGACCAAUUCGCUCCUGGAAAACUUGAAGGACGAACUCAGCCGGCGAGAGGGCGAGUUGACGAACACGAAGAAGGAGCUCGCACGGACGACGACUGCUGUCAAGAAUCUGGAAAGGGUCAAGACUCAACUGGAAGGGGACGUGGGUGGGCUCACUAUCAAGUUGGACUCGGUCGGAAAAGAGAAGUCGGAGCAUUCUCGCCUCCUGGAAGAAAUGGGAGAGCAGUUGUCGCAGUACAAGUCCAUGGUGGGUCGACUGGACGCUGAGGUAAAUGAGCUGAAAGUGAAGCUGGAUGCAGAGUCUGAACGUCGGGAUGAGGCCGAAGCACAGUGGAGAAACACCAAGAAGAUGUUGGAAGAAGCUGAAGGGCAGCUCGGCCUGGCCAGGAGCGAGGAGGAACGGCUCUCUGUCAAACUGGCCGACGCGGAGGAACGGUAUGGAAGCCGAGAAGGUCAAUUCAUAGCCAUGGCUGAGGAGAACAAGUUGAGAGAAAAGAAACUCAUGGAGGAGAAGCACAAUCUGAACAUUUGUCUCAAUUCUGUCCAGCAACAAAUGGAACAUUUCUCGAACAAGCUGUCCAGCGCAGAGUCCAAAUUGAAAGUGCUCACUGAUGAAAAGUCCGAGUUGGAACAAACCAAGAAGGCUGCCGAGUCGAAACUGUCUCAAAUUUCUUCCGGGUUCAAGCGUCUUGGUUUGGCCGGGUCCAUUUUCGACUCUCCAGAGGCUGCUCGCCGUGCCAUGGCCACCUUGCAAACUCAAAUGGCUGCCCUACAACAAGAUCGGGACACCGUGGCGACCCAACUCUCCGCCACUAAGGAUGCCCUGUCAUCUCUGGAAAUGGUCAAAACGCAGCUAGAGGACCAAAUCAGUGCCCUCUCUAGAAACCUGUCCUCUUCGAAGGCUGACCUGAAGGGGAAAGAAUCCUCAGUGAUGACGCUGGAGAAAGACCUGGCUCUAAGAUCUGGAGAAAUUUCACGCCUUGCUGAUAAGGUGAGAGAGCUGGAGGACGCGAUGAAAGCACGAGACGACUCUGUCCGUGUUCUGAAAGGAGAGAAGGAAGCCUUGCGAGAUGACCACGAGAGGGGUCGGGCAAAAUGGGAGGAGUCCAAGUCACAGAACGACUCCCGACUCGCCAAAGCGGAGGUGAACAUGCGUGCCCUCGAGGGUGACUUGAACCGGAUGGCCCUCGUUCUCCAACAGAAGGAGGGUCACAUCUCCGCUCUCGAGGAGAAAUGCAAUGGGAUGGCGAGGAGUAAUGCGGAUUUGGAAGAACGAACAGCCUCUCUCACGAUGACCGUGGAGCAGCUCAACAUUUCCCUGGAAAAGAGUGCCCAAGCGGAGUCAGACUGGAAGGACAAGUACCACUCGGUGAGUAGGAAUGCGUCCGAGAAUUCUGCGCAGAACAGCGCCCUGGGUGAAAAGUUGAGGAGUUUGCAGAGGGAGAAAGCCAUGUUGGAGCAAGAGAGGGCUAAUCUGGGAGAAAAAUGGGAGGCUGCCACGGCAGCUCUGCAGGAUUUUAAGAGGCAGGUUGCUCUACUUUCGGAUAAGAAUCAAAAGUUGAGGUUGGAAGCGGAGGACAUGACUCGAAACGCGAUUGACAAGCAGCUCAGAAUGGCGUUGGCCGAAUCUGGAAAGGACGAUAUGAAGUCCGUCAUUUCUGACAAGCUUGAACUGCAACGGAAGGUGGACAGCUUGGUGGACAAGAUUCGUGAUUUGGAGAGAGAAAACCGAGAACUGGAGCGUUUGAAGGAUUCUGUGGCUGUGAAAAAUGUAGCUGCCCGGUCCCCCGUCCCAACCAUGAUGCGGGACAAUACCAUCGCCGUGCUGGAAGAGGAGAAUUCAGAUCUCAGGAGGAAAAUUUCAAAAAUGGACGCUGAGAUUCGAGACAUGGAGAGAAGACAUGUCAAACACGUCGCAGACGUAACGCUCCAAGUUAAGCAGGAACGGGAUUUCGAACUGGAACGAGCCAGAGCCGCCAAGUUGCAGGCGGAAAGACUUUUAGAAGCUCGUGAAGGAAACUAUCGUCAGCAAAUUCAGCGACUCGAGCAGCAAAUAGCAAACUUGAAGGAACAACUUGCCGAAGAGAUUCGCCGUCGACAAACAUUUUUGUCACGCAGUUUUCGCACUGGACAAGAAAUACGAUCACUGCGGCAAACUUUGGGGGACUCGUUGAGGAACGUGAGCAUGGAUCCAUCGCCCCUGACGAUGGACAAUGAAACUCGACGGCUAGAUACGACGUUGGAUCUUCACAAGAGCGCGUCUCAAUCGUCACUUUUGAGUCCGUCGCAGAUGAGGGACUCUUCCCCCGGGGGAUACAAGAGCAGAGAUCUCUCCACCCCAAUCCCCAAACAUUAAUUACUGGUAUUACUGGUAUUAUUUGUAGAAGCGGACAUUGUCCCAGGAUUCUGAGAUUAUCGUCUCACCCAUCACUGCCAUUCCUUCUCAAGGUAGUCAAUCACUAACUAAUCUGAGGUUGGAUGCAAAUUAUGAGGGGUAUCUACAUACGUACAUACAUAUAAAUCUAGAUAUGCCGUAGGGAAUACAAGUUCCAAACUAAAUAAAAAUAUCACGUUUUUGUUGCAAUUUGCAAUGUCAAAAGUCACGAUCAAUGAGCUAAAUUAGAAGAAAUCAGUCAAUCUUGUUAUGUGUACAAAUUUGGUUUGAUAAUAUUUUGUAUGGUUUUCAUUUGCUGGCUUGUCUGCAUUUUUAUCGAUUGAUUCAGGAAAUAAAUUAGUGGUUUUACUACUUGUUCCACGAUU